AUGUUGUGGACUAAAAACGGAGAAAUCUGCCAGAGCAAAGACAUCCGGAACAAUGUGACCAACCUCCAGUCGCUGGAGAACUGCACCAUCAUCGAGGGCCACCUGAAGAUCCUGCUCAUGUUCAAGACCAAGACGGACGACUUCCGGGGCCUGAGCUACCCCAAGCUUCGGGUGGUGACCGACUACGUGCUGCUGUUCCGGGUCUACGGCCUGGAGACGCUCGCCGAGCUCUUCCCCAACCUGACGGUGAUCCGCGGCAACAACCUCUUCUUCAACUACGCCCUGGUGCUGUACGAGAUGCUGCAGCUGAAGGAGGUGGGCCUCCACAGCCUGAUGAACAUCACCCGGGGAGCCGUGAGGAUAGAGAAGAACCCGGACCUGUGCUACCUGGCCACCUUGGACUGGUCCAAGAUCCUGGACUCGGUGGAGGACAACUUCAUCGUGGCCAACAAGAACGAGCGGGAGUGCGGAGACGUCUGUCCCGGCACGGCGCAGGGUCAGACGGUUUGUUCCCAGAGCACCAUCAACGGACACUUCAGGGGUCGAUGCUGGACGCAGAACCACUGCCAGAGAAUGUGUCUGGAUAACUGUAAGCAUGGAGCGUGCAGCCUGCAGAACCUGUGCUGCCAUGACCAGUGCCUGGGCGGCUGCUCCGAGCCGGGCAACGCCAGCAGCUGCGUGGCCUGCAGGAACCUCCAGCACGGGAACACCUGCGUGGACAAAUGUCCUCCUGGAUACUACGUGUUCAGGGGCUGGCGCUGCAUCAGCUUCAACUUCUGCCAGGAGCUCCACAAUCAGUGCAAGCAGACGAAGAAGCUGAACCAGGACCGCGAGUCGAACUGCUACGAAUACGUCAUCCACAACGGGGCCUGCAUCCCGGAGUGUCCUUCUGGAUACACCACUAUAAACUCCACUACGUUGACGUGUUCGCCGUGCGCUGGCCUCUGUCCUAAGCUGUGCGUGGGGAACAAGACCAUCGACUCGGUGACUUCGGCUCAGGCCCUGAGAGGCUGCACUGUUCUCCACGGCAACAUGAUCAUCAAGAUCCGAGGAGGGAACAACAUCGCAGCAGAGCUGGAGGCCAGUCUGGGUCAGCUUGAGGAGAUCACCGGCUACCUGACUGUUCGCAGGGCUUACGCUCUGGUCUCUCUGUCCUUCCUCCGGAAACUUCGCAUCAUCCGGGGGGAACAUCUGGAGGGAGAUAGUUACGCCUUCUACGCGCUGGACAACCAGAACCUCCGUGAGCUGUGGGAUUGGUCCAAACACAACCUGACCAUCCAGCGAGGACGCAUGUUCUUCCACUACAACUCCAAGCUGUGCAUGUCCGAAAUCAGCAAGAUGGAGCAAGUGACGGGAACCAAGGAGCGCAACCAGAAGAACGACAUCGCUGUCCGCAACAACGGAGACCAGGCGUCCUGUGAGACGAAGCUGCUGAAAUUCAAUCUGAUCAAGACGACGUCCAACAUGAUCAUGCUGAAGUGGGACCAGUUCUGGCCGCUGGACUUCAGAGACCUGCUGGGAUUCAUGGUUCUCUACAAAGAGGCGCCGUUUAAGAACGUGACGGAGUUCGACGGACAGGACGCCUGCGGCUCCAACAGCUGGGCGAUCGCCGACGUCGACCCGCCGUCUCGCCCCACGGAAGGCAAGAAGGGCGAGGAUCCGGGUCACCUGAUCCGGCCGCUGAAGCCCUGGACCCAGUACGCCAUCAUGGUGAAGACCCAGCUGUCUGCGUCCGACGAGCACCAGGUCCACGGAGCCAAGAGCGAGAUCAUCUACGUCCGAACCAACGCCUCCAAGCCCUCUGUGCCUCUGGACCCCAUCUCCUCCUCCAACUCCUCCUCUCAGAUCAUCCUGAAGUGGAAACCUCCCACCAGCCCCAACGGAAACAUCACCCACUAUCGGGUCAUCUGCCGCAAGCAGCCCGAGGACAGCGACCUCUACAAGUUCGACUACUGCCUGCAAGGUAUGAAGCUGCCGUCCCGAACGCCGACACACCUGGACAGCGAGGACGAGCAGAAGUGGAACCACACGGACGAGCCGACCUCGGGGGGGAAAUGCUGCGCCUGCCCCAAAACAGACAACCAGCUGAAGAAGGAGCAGGAGGAGAUCGAGUACCGCAAGACCUUCGAGAACUACCUCCACAACGAAGUGUUUGAGAGCAGAACUCGUCGCCGGCGCUCGGUGGGAGUCGCCAACGCCACCCAGCCUCCUGUCUUCCUCACCACCAUCCCCAGUCUGCAGUUCGGAUCCACGAUGGCGACGCCUGAAGACGAAGACGAAGACGAGGAAGGAUCGAAGGUGGAGUUAAAGGUUUUCUCCAAGGAGUCCACGGUCAUCUCCAACCUGCAUCACUUCACCAGCUAUAAGAUCGAGAUCAUGGCCUGCAACCAUCCUACGGACCUGAAACGCUGCAGCAUGGCGACGUACGUCAGCGCCAGGACCAUGCCGGAGGGGAAAGCCGACGACAUCCCCGGUCCUGUGACCCACGAGAUCGUGAUGGCCGAGCCGCCCUACGUUCUGAUCAAAUGGAACUGGCCUAAAUCACCCAACGGCCUCAUCAUCCUCUACGAGGUUUUCUACCGGAAGGUCGGAGACACGGAGGAUCACACCGCCUGCGUGUCACGGCCGGCCUACCUUAAAUCCGGUGGGACGAAGCUUUCUCUUGUGCAGCCUGGAAACUACAGCGUGAGGGUCCGGGCCACGUCGCUGGCCGGAAACGGCUCCUUCACAGAAACCACCUACUUCUUCAUGCCCAACCCGGAUCAAGGUUUGAUUUGGAUCGUGAUCGGUCCGGUCGUCUGCUUCAUCCUGCUGCUGUUCGUGGCCGGUGGAGUCUUUGUGAUCUUCAAGAAGAGACAAACUGAAGGUCCACUUGGAGAUCUCAUCACCUCACCAAACCCUGAGUACUUCAGCGCCAACGACAUGUACGUUCCUGAUGAGUGGGAGGUUCCUCGGGAGAAGAUCAUGCUGCUCAGAGAGCUGGGACAGGGCUCCUUCGGGAUGGUCUACGAGGGCAUCGCCAAGGACAUCGUGAAGGGAGACCCGGACACUCGGGUCGCUGUCAAAACGGUCAACGAAUCAGCCAGCCUGCGAGAGAGGAUCGAGUUCCUGAACGAAGCCUCCGUGAUGAAGGCCUUCAGCUGCCACCACGUGGUGCGUCUGCUGGGCGUCGUGUCUAAAGGUCAGCCCACCCUGGUAGUGAUGGAGCUGAUGACCCACGGUGACCUGAAGAGCUACCUGAGGAGCCUCCGGCCGGACUCAGAGAACAACCCGUCCGGUUGUCCUCCUCCCACUCUGAAGGACAUGCUGCAGAUGGCUGCAGAGAUCGCAGACGGCAUGGCCUACCUCAACGCCAAGAAGUUCGUCCACAGAGACCUGGCAGCCAGAAACUGUAUGGUGGCCGAAGACUUCACCGUCAAGAUCGGAGACUUCGGUAUGACCCGGGACAUCUAUGAAACCGACUACUACCGUAAAGGAGGGAAGGGGCUGCUGCCGGUCCGCUGGAUGGCUCCAGAGUCCCUGAAGGACGGCGUCUUCACCGCCCACUCUGACUGCUGGUCCUUCGGGGUCGUGCUGUGGGAGAUCAGCACACUAGCAGAGCAGCCUUAUCAGGGUUUAUCCAACGAGCAGGUCCUGAAGUUCGUCAUGGACGGAGGAUACCUGGACCGGCCGGAGAACUGCCCCGAGAGGAUGCACGACCUGAUGCAGAUGUGCUGGCAGUACAAUCCCAAGAUGCGGCCGAUGUUCCACGAGAUCAUCGAGAUGCUUCGGGAGGACCUGCACCCUUCCUUCCAGGAGGUCUCCUUCUUCUACAGUGAGGAGAACAAAGUUCCCGAGACGGAGGAGUUCGACCUGGACCUGGACAACAUGGAGAGCAUCCCCCUGGACCCGUCGUCUUAUUCCCAGAGAGAGGAGAGCUUAGGCAGGGACAGCGGGCCGUCGGUGGCCCUGAGGGGGAACUAUGAGGAGCACGUCCCCUACACUCACAUGAACGGUGGCAAGAAGAACGGAAGAAUCUUAUCGUUGCCCAGAUCCAGCCCUUCCUAACAUUUCCUUUGUCCUGUAAGAACUUGCUCCCCUUCCUUUCCUCCCCCAUCCCUCCCUCUCUUUCUCUUCCAGUCCAUUUUUCUGUGUCCUUCAUGUUCCUUUCUUCAUUUUCUAAUGAUUUUUCUUAUUCUUGGAGAAGCCCUUCAAAAAACAAAAACAAAAAUCCCCAAAAACAAGACACAGAUCUCAGGACUUUUUAUUUUCUUCCUCACGGCUGCCGGAUGCCGGUAAGCAAGGGAUGCAAACACGGUGUUUUUUAACUUGCUCCACAAACACAUCGGACUUCUUACCAGAAUCUAUUGUUUUUCACUGUUGCCACGUUUCCAGGACUCCUCGUGACGGAAACAAACGGAAAACAAACAAAAAAAACUGUGAACACAACAAACCUUAGACAACCAAGAAGGCUGCUCAUGCUCGACCUCCUCCAGACUCCUUUUCUCCCACCGAUCUGCAUUUCCACAUUUCUCUGCUUCUUCUUUUCCUCCAAGUGAAAUCUUUUUACUCAGAUAGUGGCCUUUUUAUACGUGGCCUAUAAAAAGAGAAGUGUCUAUCAGCGCUUACACUAAUUUCCUUUUGAACAAUGAUUUAAUCAGUGGGAUGACUCGAUCCUAGAACAAACAUCUAUUCCUAGAGGAAUGUGUUUUUGUUGUUGUUGUUGUUUCUUUUUGGUUCUGCAGAAUUCCAAACUACACACAGAUUCAUCGGGUGUUUGGUGAAUAGUUUUAAUUUAUUUGCUUUAUUUUCUCUUUCUUCUUCUUCUUUCUCGUUUUAUUUCUGUGUCCUCACUAUACGGCUGAAGGAUAUUUAAACAGUUCAGAUUUAGAGAAAAGACUUCCUCAGACUGACCAAUAGCUGCUGCUUUGAUAUAUUUUAGUGGGUAUAGAAAUAUAUAAAUAUAUAUAAUAUAUAUAGUAUAUAUGGAAUAUUGGUGUUUUGCUACCAAUAUUUUAUAUAUAAUAUAUAACAUUGAUGUUUUUUGUACAUAGUUCAUAUUUGUAAUAUUUUUCAUCAGAAGCUUUGCUAGUUCUUUAUUUCAUCAGUUUUUUUAAAUUUUCUUAUUUUUAUAGCCCCAGAAAUCACACUAAUCUACCGGUAGUGCUCUCAGCGUCUUAUUAGGCCUCCAGCCUCCGUCUGGAUGGGAAAAGGGGAAAAACCCCUGAUAUUGUAAACCUACUGCAUUGUUAUUAUUUUUUACAAACCGUAUUCCCACUGAGAGCGGUCAACAUUUGGAGGCAACUUCACUACAGCUACGGAUAAAAAAACAAACAGAAUAACCAAAAAAAGCUUUACACAAACGGGGAAUGAGGUCUUUCUAGGUCAAAGUGCGCCUGAUGUGUGUUCGUCUGUGUCUUUUAUCUGGUCUGAUCGUGAUGCAGUCGCAGAUUUAUGACGUCCUUUGCGUGAUUUUUGGGCCGGUUGUCUGUUGGAAAGAUGGCCGCCCAGCAGUCUGUUCUGGGCAGGAGGUGAAUCAGCUUCAGCUAAAAGUGGAUGGAUCUUUUUACUGAGGAUGUCCUGAUCCGAUCGAGGUCUUUCACAGCUAACUAGCAUUAAACCUAAGCCAGAUCCUGUCACACAGAUGCGGUAAAUGGGAAAGCUAAAUGUGUAGCAGGGCGCUAAAAAUCCAGCACAGUUUUCUCACUCGACUUUGUCAUGGUGCCCACUGCUAGCUAAACCCCCACAAUGCUCUCUUUGCUAGCAUGAACUACCUGUAGCAGCAGAAAGGCUCCAAAUAGUGGCACAAUCAAGCAACACAACACAUUUUCUGACGUACACUAACGUUCAAAAGUCUGGGGUCACUUAGAAAUAUCCUUAUUUUUAAUAGAAAAGCAGUUUUUUUCAGUGAAUUAAAUGAAUGAUAAAUCCAGUGUAGACAUAGUUAAUGUGGUAAAUGACUAUUGUAGCUGUAAACAGCUGAUUUUUAAUGGAAUAUCUCCAUAGGGGUACAGAGGAACAUUUCCAGCAACCAUCACUCCUGUGUUCUAAUGCUACAUUGUGUUAGCUAAUGGUGCUGAAAGGCUCAUUGAUGGUUAGAAAACCCUUGUUCAGUUAUGUUAGCACAUGGAUAAAAGUGGGAGUUUUCAUGGGAAACAUGGAAUUAUCUGGAUGACCCCAGACUGUUGAACGGUGGUGUAAGUCUUUGUCAUGGUGCCCACUGCUAGCUAAACCCCCACACUGCUCUCUGCUUUGCUAGCAUGAACUACCUGUAGCAGCAGAAAGGCUCCAAAUAGUGGCACAAUUAAACAACGCGACGUAUUUUUUGACGUGUACGUAAAGAAUCCAGGUUUUGGCCGUCUUUUAGAGCUUGUAGCGCUUCAGUACGCCUCAGAUCAGCAGAUGGAGGCUGCAGGUGUAAACAUACUGUUGGUCGAUCGUUUCUUUUUUUGCUCUCUGCCACCAGCAGUGAUCUACAACGCUGAAAAUUUCAAAAUUUACAGAAUUCAAGCAGCAUUGCAACUUGUUUUCUGGUGAAUUUCCCAUUUUUAAGACAGUUCUCACUAAAACAAUCUCACCAGUCAUUAUUUUUAAGCGACACUGAAGCUGCAUUUUUACUUAACCUUUAUGAUCGGUUUAAAGAAAUAAAAACACGCCACCUGUAGCUGAAUGAUGCUCAGGUGACUGUUCUUUCCUACAGAAUGGUCUGGCUAAGCUAACAGCACACCUGAUCCUCUAAACACUACAUUUCAGGUUUACAACAGACCAUCUACAGAACAUUAAUGAAGCAGAAAAUGCAAACUUUAUUGCCCUUGAAGUGUGUAUUCUGACUCAGAUCAGAUCGGGACAUCCCUGCUUCUUGCCUCAGACUUUAAACCGGAGAGCGUUCGCUUGCUAUCUGACGCUCAGGACCUCGGUUUCGGACAGAAGGAUUUAUCAGAUUCUUUGUUAGCUCUGCUCUGCAGCGCCUCUUCGCUCUUCCGGAGGCUUUCUAUUUGCUGCUGCGGUCAGAAUUCGCUCAGUGGAAAUUUCCACGUUUUGUGGCCGAGGGGCUGCAGACAGAAAGUGCUCCAGCGGCAGGUUGAGGGAAAAGAUCGGCCCGAAUCUCUCUGGGUUUGUCUGAGUCGAUGGUUAAUCCUGUUAUUGUCUGUGAGGCGGCUGAGCAGUCAGGACACGGCGUGCAGCGGCUUUUUCACUCAGCUCUGACAUUCCAGGAUUUAGUCGGAACUCCUCGUUCUCUCCGACUGCUGGCAGAGCUGCUCCCAUCACAGCCGGCUUCCUUCCUGGUGAUCCAAAGCGGCAGAUCCUCCUGACUAGAGCAGCUAACGAUGAAUCGUCUGAGCACCAUCAAACGCGGAAAGGAGCGCGCAGUGCUUCCGCUUUUGAUGACGUAUCGUGCUCAGAGGAUCCAUCGUUGGUUGCAGCCCUUCUCCUGGCUUCCAUCAGAAACAUUCCUGAAACAGUUAAACCUCGUUCAGAUCCUGUUGGAGGCUGCAGAUAGCUUAGCGAGAGCUCUUGGGAGACGGUUGUUUUUGGACGCUCGGACCGGUGUGGUUGCCAAUCCUAACCGAACAGCAUUCAGAACUUCUAGUAUAGCCAAAGCGUCGGCAGCUUUCUGUCAUCAGCGAGAACCCGCAGAAGAGACCAAGAAAGCAGAGAAGCUGCCUCCAUGUUUUACCAGUGCCUUCUCAAACCCCAGAGCCGCUUCCAGGCUGAUUUCAUUGGCUAAACACUCACAUGUAGGCCUCAGAGGCGUUUAAAAGAAGAAAAAAAGUCAAAGCUGUGUCUACAUGGUUACAGGUCCGUACUUGGUGUUGUUUUGUUCCGGCGGUGCUUUAGUGGCGACACUGUGGAGGUUUUAGUGAAUUAUUCAGAGGAGUUACAAUCUUAGGCUUUUGUACUUUGUAAAUAAUCUGUGACAUAGUUUGGAAAAUAAAAGCAGGAAAAACAAAAAAGACUUACAAUGAUUUUUAAAAAAACCACGUAGAUUAACGGUGAAUCUGGGCCGUGUGGCGGUUCAGAGACGCUACGGUCGAUUCGCCUCCACCUCCGACCUCGGUUUGCUUCUAUCUUGUGGUGGUGUUCACACGCAUAUGCAAUUUUUAAUUAAUUAAGAAGGUGCCCAUAUCUUUGAAAUACCAGAUAUUUAUUUUGUUAUGAUCAUUGUCAUUGUAUAAGAAGACCGUUAGCUUUGUGGUCGAGCGGUGUGAUAAAAGCAGGAUUUAGUUUUUAGCUCGUUAGUGAUUUGUCGUCGUCGUCUUUGUGUUUUUGGCCGGAGUCUACCUCAGUGCAUAUGGAGGAAUCAGUCUAAAGAGCCUACAUCAUCCCCACUCUUAGAUCACUCUGUCGUACGUUACCAACGCUGCGAUUCCUUCCCCCUCCUGUGUCGCUUCUUCUUGUGGCCUCGGGGGUAAAUUUAAUCAAUCAGCUCUUUUUAAAGGUUCGGUGCAGAGUUUCAGAGCAACAGAACUGAUCGUGAAGCUAAUUUACUGCAGCAUUUCUGCGGUUAAACGCUGCAGUAAGUUGGCUUAAUGAUCGGUUUUUCCUAAUUGAUAAAAUUCCAGGUCACUGGAAGGAGCGCUGUAGCUUUAUGGUGUCUUUUUAUCCCCCUUUUCCAUCACCACCGAUCCUCCAGACUGUAUGUAGUAGCGGCUCUACUGAUAUCUGUGGAUGUGACAUUAGCAUGAGUCAGCAAAAAAACAAACCAAGGCAAACCGUGACUCAGCGCAUAUCUGUGAUCACCUACAUGCAGCCAAGGCGAAGCGUCAUGCUUUUAUUUUUCAUUUCACGUGUUAAACUCCCAUCCUGAAGCCCUACUCUGUCGAUCUGUGUCUUUGUGGUCGAGAAACAAAAACGAAAAUCCCACUUCUGAUUAUUUUCUGUUUGUUGUGUGUGUUGUUUUUUUUCUACUGUGAAUAUCAAGAGAUGACCUUUAUUUUCUGUCAUGGAUGGGCGGCGGAUCGGACGUCUGGGCCGGUUAUAAAGUUUUAACGAGGAGGAGGAGGAGGACUCCUUUCCUCUGGAACGGAGAGAGACGCUGGACUGGGACAAUCCUGUGUGCCAUAAGAACUAUUAACUGACAUGAAAUCUAGAUUGUAACUUCUUUUUCGUCUCAGGGAGGCGGCCCGAUGCUUUGGAGGAUAAAGAGGAUGAGGAGGAAGAAGAGCUACCUACCUGACCUUUUAUCUACUCUGACCGACAGCAUCCUUACAAAAAAACUAACGUGAAUGAAAAAAAAAACACACAAAAAAAGCAAAGCGGUGAUGACAUGACAAGAACCAAGGACACAGAGAGAGAAAAGAACCCUUUUUGUUUGAUUAGUCUGAGUUUUCCCUGUGAAGAUAAUCAGGAGUCCUCCUCUGGCGCCCUCUAGUGGUCGGACGGGAGCGUUGCAGGUCAGGGGCGAAGCUAACGGGGCCCCUACCCAUAGUGCCUUGCUCAGACUUAACACCUGACCCCUCCCACACCUGAGCUGUGUCUCCACCAAUCACAGAAGAGGAUUUCCCCCCAAAAGCUGAAAUGAAAUCUGUUGUAUUUUUUUAUUUUCUUUAGUGAAAACCAUUCUGCUUGUUGAUGAAAAAUGAUAUACUGUAAUUUGGGAUUCAUGACUGAUGAUUUUUAUUUUUUUUUAGCCAAAAAUGAAAGAAAAAAGCGAGAACCGUGUUGUCUUUGCUCAGCUCUGGCUUCGCUUUGUGCAUGGAAACCUGCAGACCAGCGGACAGCUCGACAAUUUGAUGAUUUUUUAACUUUUAUUUUUCGCUCCUCAUCAGUCGGCAGCGUCGCAAAACAGAAACAACACCCCGUCGUCGCGUUACAGUUUGGGAUUCAUUCGAUUUGUUUUAAUUUUUCAGAUAAAUAAGCUCUUAAACUGUAAAUAGCAGCAGAUUCUUCUUAUUUCUAGCCCCUGAGAAACAAAAAGCACUUGAUUUUAGGGACGUUUAGUCGUGUUUUGUUGAGCUGAACACGUCGCAGCGCAGGGUGAGAACAAAGCAUUGUAUGUACUAUUGUUUAAAGAUUAAAAAAAGUAUUACAUUUUAGAGAUGUUGAUUUCUAUUUUUUUUAGCCAAAGUAGGGAGGACAAAUACAAUUACUUUUCUGACUGUAAACUUUUACUACUCUUGUACAUUAUGAAUUUAACAUCGUUAUCAAUGUGUAUAUAACUUUUUUUUUCUAAAUUUGGAGACGGAUAGAUUUUCUUUUUGUGACACAGAAUACAGCAGUUUGAGUCUGAGGGCUGCCAACACGACGCCAACAGUUUUCUAACCCGAUGCAUGUCCUGAAUGUCGGCCGAAGAUAAAUACAAAGUAAAAGAUAAAGCAGUCACAGCAGCAUGUCACCCGUACAGCCUUUCUCUACGUCGUGUCGCCGGUUCAUCGCCCUUCACGGAUGCUUUUCGUGUCUGACAAGAGACCUGAGUAUAGUUUGCAAAUAUGUUUUUGUUUUUUACUUUUAAAUGACGUGAAAAACUGGAAAAGACCACUGCACAUCCUUUUUGAAGGAGAGGAAACGCGAGUGAUAAAAUCCUGAAUAAGCUAAAAAAAACUAAAAAAAACAUGAAAAAUCUUGUAAAUCUCUUCGACUGUAAAGCUGGAGGUGUUGAAGGAGGGAAAAUGUGAGUGAAAUUAGCAGAUUAAAGCUCUCUGAUUAACACAUUUCGCAUUAGACUGUUUACUUCAUGCAGAAACCAAAGUGAAAAACGCAUUUUUGUUGUUUUAUUUCAGCUCUUUCCUCACGAUUUCUCGGCUGAUUCCAAGAGUUCAGAUGAAACGAUGUGCUAAUUAUUGAGCUUUAACAAACAGUUUCUGUUCCUUUAAAGAGGCUAAUGAGUAAAACACCUUCUGCUCUGAAUGAACUGCGACAUGUGAGGAAGAAGCGGCCUCCAUGCGGCUGGUUCUGAGUCGGUCCAGUGGUCUGCUCCAGUUUUACGCCGAUGAUACCCCCGUAUUCCCAUCGAUCCCGUUCCCUCUGCUGUGUGUCGUCUGAAGCAGUGGAGUCUGUGUUGUCGGCUUUCUUCGUCUCCGAUCGCUCCUUCUUCCUCCUCUUCCUCCUCAUUAUUAUCAUCAUUAUUUUUAUCGUUUCUGUGUCUUCAAGUCUCUCCUCGGUGCACAUAGGUGGUCCCCAGAAUGCUGUGUGUAGUCUUGCAGGAUACCUCUUUUAUUAAUGUCAUUUUUAUUGCCGAUGAAUAUGCUGAUGUAUUAAUUUUUAUUUUAUUUUUCUUUCUUUUGGGAUAUGUUGUGUAUACGUUAUGUUUGCAGACAGCAGGUGUAUAUGUGUGUAUGUACAGUCCGGAUAAAAAUAAUAACCCCGAAAAACCUGCAAAAGCAAAAAAAAACAAAAAACCCCACCCCACAGAGAUCGCUUCAUCCCUCACACUGGAUCCAAAUGUGCCAUUAUCUUUAUGUAUCACAAAUAUCAACAUGUUGAAUACUCACACACACACAGAAAGACAUAUUGCAUAUUGUACAGGAUCAAAAAUGUGCCAUGACUAAAUGAACGCUUGACAAUUUAUUUUUUCUAUGUUUUCAAAGGAGAGCCAAGUAGUGACAUGUACAGAAAAUGUUGCAAUGAUAUGAAAAUAAAAUCUUGCUGUGUGUAAAUUAUUCAACAAUUAACUGUUUAUAUUAAAAUUAUGAAUAAAAUUAUUGGAGAAUU